CCCCGAUCCACCGAUGAGCCCCACGUCGCCUCGGCAGCCCGGCCUCGGCGCCGGCGGGGCGCGCCAGCAGGCCGCCACCCCGAUACCGUUCAAGGUUCGCCGGGACUCCCACCUCAUUCACAAGCACGGCUCGUCUGCGUCCACCUCGCCGCCCUCCUCCUCCUCGACCAACUCCUCCGUCUCCUCCUCCCCCGGCGCCGGCAGCCAGCAGCGCCCGGCGCCGAGGCCGAAGCAGCAGCAGCCGGUCAUCAUCUACACGACCUCCCCCAAGGUGAUCCGCACAAGCCCGCGCGACUUCAUGUCCAUCGUGCAGAAGCUCACCGGCCAGGAGAGCGCCGCGGCCGCCGCCGGUUCGGCCGUCACCGGCGGCGCCGCGCAGGACGAGUCCUCCUCCUCGUCCACCGAGAGCUGCGCAAACGCGAACGCCCACGCGGGUGCCGCGCCGGCGCCGCAUCCCGGCCACUACAUGGCCGACCCGCCGCAGCUGAUGCCGCCGCCGGCGUCGAUGGAUCACGCGCACUUCAUGCCGGACAUCCCGCUCUUCGCGCCCGCCGGCGCCCCGGAGCACCUGCUGUGCGCGUCCAGGGGCGGCCUCUACGGCCACUUCCAGCCGGCGAUGGUCGACGGCGCGGCCAACAUGCACGACGCCGCCGGGGCGGUGUACUCCCCGUCGAUGGUGGAGGCGAUGAGGACGACGUUUCCGGAUUACCAGUUAACUUAAAUCGGCAUGCAUGGAUCCAUAUCGAUGGCGUGCUUGAAUUAGGCGAUGAACGCUCGGAUGCAAUAAUCGGCUUUUGUUUUCUUCAUGUUUUCUCAUCAUGCUUUAUUUCGGGGAUAUACGUACGUACGUACAUGCAGAGACAAGAUCGAGAGGUGAAGGAUUUACUGUCCUGGCCGGAGCAUGUAUGCAUGCGAGGCCAGCUGAGUUCCAGAUCUCCAGGUUAAUUAUUUUUGCUAGCAAAAUAGUAGCAGUAGGUCGCAUCGCAUGGUGUUCAUCAUGAUUCAUGCUUACGUACAUGCCCUGUAACUAGUUCCUCUGUUUGAUUUCUCAGUUUCCUCGUGCGUGCGUGUCCGAUCGAGUUGUAGGGGUUUGGUUAUACAAUUUUCCACUGUGAGUAAAUAAGCUAUCGGAGAAUUCUUUUUUAAUCUAAAGUUGGAUGAUUUGCUCA